AUGGCUAAGGAAAAUCAGACUCUGCCUGAAUUCCUCCUUCUAGGAUUCUCUGACUUGAGGGCGUUGCAGGGUUCCCUGUUCUGGGAGAUGCUUCUGGUCACCCUGCUGGGUAACUCAAUGAUCAUCUUCCUCACACAGGUCAGCCCUGCCCGGCACUCACCCAUGUACUUCUUUCUGCACCACCUCUCGGUAAUGGAGCUCCUCUAUACCACUGACAUUGUUCCAAGGGCCCGGACAAUGGCCUCCCCACACUCCCAGGCCAUCUCCUUCCAAGGCUGUGCAGCCCAGAUGUGUGUCUUCAUGGUCCUUGGCAUCUCAGAGUGCUGCCUGCUCACAGCCAUGGCCUAUGACCGCUACGCCGCCAUCUGCCAGCACCUGCACUACUCCAUCCUCAUGAGCUGGUGGGUCAGCAUGGCAAUGGUGAGCAUCUCCUGGAUCAUGGGCAUCAUCACAUCCACCACCCAUUCCUCCCUCAUCUUCACUCUGCCUCUCCCCAGCCACCCAAUCAUCCCAUAUGUCCUCUGUGACAUCCUGCCAGUCCUGAGGUUGGCAAGUGCUGGGCAGCACAGGAGCGAGAUCUCUGUGAUGACAGCCAUUGCGGUCUUCAUCACAGUCACCUUCUUUCUGAUUGUCACCUCCCUUCUGAUUGUCACCUCCUACAUCCACAUCCUGGGUGCCACCUUGGCAAUGGUCUCCACCCAGAGCCACCUCAAGAUCUUCUCUACCUGCUCUUCCCACCUGUUUGUGGUCUUCCUCUUCUUUGGAACAGCCAGCAUCACCUACAUCCAUCCCCAGGUCCUCAGCCUCUUCUACACAAUCAUCAUACCCAUGCUCAACCCCAUCAUCUACACCCUUCAGAACAAGGAAGUGAGAGGGGCCCUGUGGCACAUGGUGAAGACACAGGUCUACUUACCCUGCAGGGACUCGGGGUGCGGGACUUAA